CUCGCUGGCCACUUGCAGAAUGACAAACUUUGAUGAACUUCUCAGCCAUGUGGGAGAUUUCGGGUGGUAUCAAAAGAGGAUCUCUAUAUUGGGAUGCCUGCCACUGGUGCCCUUCGCAUUUGUUCUGGUUGGAGUCGUGUUUUUGGGUAACUCACCACAACACUGGUGCCGCAUUGACAACGCGGAGAAGAUCCAGGACAAGUGCGGAUGGAGCGAGCUGGAGUUGCGUGCGCGCAUCGCUCCGCGUGGGUCUCGCUGCCACAGGUUCAAUGUGGACUGGACCGCCGCCAGUGAGGCGAACUGCAGCAGCACCGAGAGUGAAGCCAGUCUAUCCUACAGUCCCCUGGACUCCACGCUGGGUCUUGAGCCCUGUGACAACGGAUGGGUCUUCAAUUCAAGUCACAUAACGGUUGUGACUGAGUUUUCCUUGGUUUGUCAGACGUCCUGGUUGGCAGAUCUUAAUCAAGUGUGUCUGGCUUCCGGCUUCUUUGUCGGGGCAUUCAUAACUGGCUAUCUCGCAGACAGGUUCGGCAGGAAGCCAUGUUUCCUCGGCUCGAUGUUUGGACUGGGUCUGGCCGGGGUGGGGGUGGCAGUGUCCCCAUUCUACCCCAUGCUGUUGGCAUUCCGUUUCCUCCAAGGAUUCUUUGCCAAGGGAGCUUGGACAGCCACAUACGUCCUUGUAAUUGAAUUCUUCGGAUCAAGCAACAGGAAAUUUGUGUCUGUCAUGUCUCGGACUCUGUACUCGGUCGGCAUGGUGCUUCUGCCGUGUCUGGCCUACUACAUCCACUCCUGGAGGAACCUGCAGCUCGUCAUGACCAUCCCCAUGUUCCUCUUCCUCUCCUACUAUUGGCUUGUUCCAGAGUCUCCUCGAUGGCUGAUAUCUCAGAGGAGAGUCCAGGAGGCCAUGGAUGUUGUGAAGAGCAUUGCUAAGAGCAACAAGAGGUCCCUGCCACAAAACCUCAUUGAGGCAAAUCCACUCACAGAAAAAAAGGAAGAUCCAACCACUCUGUCCUUUAAAGAUUUGUUCAGAACCCCCAACAUGAGAAGAAACACUCUGAUCCUGAUUUAUGCCUGGUUCACCAGCACCGUGGUGUUCCAGGGCCUGGUGCUGCGUUUGGGCAUCACGGGGGACAACGUCUACCUGGACUUCCUCAUCUCGGCGCUGGUGGAGCUGCCCACAGGACUCAUCUUCUACUUUGCGGUGGACCGCGUGGGCCGCCGGCCACUCAUGGCUGCCUCCAACUUCAUCGGUGGAGUAGCUUGCCUGGCCGUGCCGUUCAUCCCUGUGGAUUUCCUGUGGUUAAAGAAAGCUGUGGCAAUCCUGGGACGCUUGUCGGUGGCUGUUGGAUUUGAGACAGUGAAUUUUGCCAACUCUGAGUUGUACCCAACCCCUCUCAGAAAUCUGGGCAUGUCCGUGUGUUCGUCGGCCAGUGACCUGGGCUCAGUGGUGGCUCCCUUCCUGCUCUACAGAAUGGCCAGCAUCUGGCAAGAGCUACCUCUGUUCUUAUACGGCACAAUGUCUGUGCUGUGCAGCAUACUGGUCAUGCUUUUACCAGAGAUGAGAGGACUCAACCUUCUUGAGACGAUAGAUGACUUGGAGAACAUGAAAAGCAACAAUUGUUUCAAUAAACAAAAGAAGACAUCAGAUACCAACAUAUAAUGGCUCAUUGGCGGCCAUUCAACAUAUCUGCAGAGCUCACCAGAGAGCUUGAAACCGCCUCAUGAUGACAGGGAAACCAAGUGCAUUUGUGUAGAGACAAUAUCAUGAGAGCUCUGACAGACCAAUUCAGCAUAUCUACAGAGCUCAACAGAGAGCUUGAAACCGCCUCAUGACAGGGAAACUAUUAUGUAAAGGCCUGUUGACCCCAAGUUACACUGCCACAACUCAAAAGUGAAAACGGAUUUCACUCCGUCCACACAGUAGCAUUUCUCUGAAAACAUUGAAAACAUGUCCAGCCGGCCCUGCCGUGGCCAACCGGUAGGGCUCUUGCCUGCCAUGCGGCUGACACGGGUUUGAUUCCUGGCCCGGGUCCUUUGCCGACCCCAACUCGCUUCCUGUCCACCUCUCACACUGUCCUAUCAAAUAAAGUAGAAAAAGACCAAAACAUUUUUAUUUUUUUUUAAAGAACAAAAAAGAAAAGAAAAAACAUGUCCAGCCGAGCGAACCCGUAGCUUUUAUCAACAUCCUAUUUAGGAAAAGAUGAAAUGCUUCUGAAAUUGUAACUUUUUUUGUUUGAUAUAAAAGUGCAUUUGUGAGGCGACAGCAUCACGAGAGCUCUGAUAGACCCCUAUUUUCUACCGGAAUUGUUUUAAGUCUAAAACAAUGCUGAAUUGUUUACUCAAAAAACGGACUGGUGACCUAAAAAUCUCUCUUUGUUUCAUUGUGUGUUCUCAUGGUGUGUGGCUGAAUGACAAAGGAAAUCUUAAAAGAAGUUUGACUGGGAGAGAAUUCAUUAAGGGGGCUAUUUUGUAUAUUGUACAUUAUUUUCUGUAUUUUCUGAAUAUUUCCAUUUCCACUGUAAAAAAUAAA